AUGGCCACUCAGUCGCAACACCAAAGGCCCACGGUUCACUCUGCCUCUCCUUCUGAUACACCACUCGCACUAGACCACGACCAGGACCAGGAUACAACCACGAACACACCACGCUCUUCUAUUUCGGACCGUUCGCCUCUUCCUACACCUCUACCUCCAGCACACAUCAACACCUCCGCUACCUCCGGCAAUUCCUCUGCCUCAACCUCAGCCUCAACUUCAAAUCCAAACCAGCCGGCCUACGUCCCUUAUCAUCCACAGCAGAGCCAUCAUCGCCAUACGGCUUCCUCAGUUUCGAGAUUGAACAACCGUUCUUCGACAAGCCUCUUUGCCCUGGCCGCUUCAGCUUUUGACCGCACACAAAACGCCAUUGCUGCUAUUUCAGAGCCUGCCAUUCGACCUCGACAGUCUUCUGGUGCUCUUUCAAGACUCUCCUUGCUCACGAGCUCCUCACCCUCGUCGGAACCCUCCAGCCCGGACAAGUACCACCGUCUACGAAGUUCCUCAAACCAAUCGCUUUCCUCGGGUGCAUAUCUGGACAGCAAAGUCGCUCCCCAGACUCUGCAGGCAAACAACCCGCCGUCCCAGCCUUAUACGUCCACAGACCCGAACCUCCCGCCCCCUAUCAAGUCCUCCACAGCAAACAAGAUGCAUCAGACUUCUUCGCGGUUGUUGCGCAUGACGGACGAUGACCGUCCAUUCACAAAGGAUUUCAAGGAUCUCUUCUCAACUCUUGUCGUCAGUUUGCUGCCGCUCUCAGCCCACCGUGUCCGAUUGACCAAGGUUGAGUACACUUUUCUGUCCGAGGAUGCCAUCAACAACCUGGGCUCCCUGAAGUUCUCUCAAUCCAACCGUAUGCCAGAUCCCAAGGAUCCUUCUCGUAUCGUCACAACCACCACAACCACAACCUUCUCCAUGGCCAAGGACAUGGCCCGCUCUAUCUGUCAACGAUUUUUGGAGGCUCGCUUUAUCGAAUCAGCAGAUGGCAAAUAUCAGCAGGUUUACACGAUGAAGGGCUCUGUUUGGCAAUUAACUCCCAAGGGUAUCACUGUUCUGGAUAGAUUCUGCGCUAGAAACGGCAUCCAACAGAAGCAAGUGUCGGAAUUGGCUAACCUCGCCUCCACCCAGUUGGUGUUGUUAGAGCGAGAUCCACAGACUGAUAAGCUUCUUCACGACCAAGGAACAAUCGAGGUCAUCUUCCGCCGCUUUGCUGGCUCCGAGGGCCGCAACAUCAAGACUACCGUUAACGCCGCCGAUUCAGACUCGCUGCAUGACUACCGAGAUGGCCUUACCGGAGUGAAGAUGGCUGCCGAGCGCAAGGUGAACGGGAAGACAUAUCGUGACACCUUCACUGGCAAGGCUGCCACUGACUGGCUCAUGGAUUGCUCAACCAUCGUGGACAAGCGAGAGACUGUUGAGGUGGCUACUCUAUUCGUUGAGUACGAAUUAAUGGAGCCCGUGGCCCAGGACCGCGCUUAUAUGUCGCAAAAUCCUGGGAUGCAACCUGUUCCAACCCACCAAAUACGCCAUUUACCAACUCUCGCAACGCGGUAAGGAUCUUGUCAGUGGUGCUGCCUCUCGGGGCCGACCUUCGGAGAGCGAAGGCGGUGCCGCAUCUCAGCGAAACGGCAUCACUAGGGACUCCAACACCCAGCGUCUGGACAAGAUCCUCAACGACCCCGCGCUACGUCUCCUCUUCCGCGAGCAACUACGAGAUACCCACUGCGAAGAAAACUUGUCCUUCUAUCAAGAUGUUGACGAGUUUGUGCGUAGCUGCAAGGCUGCCACAAGGGCGGCUCAAAAGUCGCCCAACACUAAUGCCAUGGACGGAAUCAAGGAGAUUAUGGCCUCGGCAUAUGGUAUCUACAACGCUUUCCUGGCUCCAGGAUCGCCGUGCGAACUCAACAUUGACCAUCAACUGCGCAACAACUUGGCAACUCGCAUGACCAAGGCCGUUGGACAGGACGUGGCCAUGAUUG